AUGAGUGCGACUACAACAAUUACUGCGCCACCGGAGAUCACAGCCGACAAUGUGGCUACCCUGUUUCCCGAGGUUGACACCUCGCUGGCUCGGGAUAUUCUACCCACUGCAAACAAUAACUCCGCGCGCGAAGGCACUGAACUUGAGGGAUAUGACGAGGAGCAGAUUCGCUUGAUGGACGAGGUGUGCAUUGUCUUGGACAACAAUGACCGACCCAUCGGCAGUGCCAGCAAGAAGAUCUGCCAUUUGAUGACCAACAUCGACAAGGGUCUGCUCCACCGCGCUUUUUCCGUUUUCCUGUUCGAUUCCAACAAUCGCCUUCUGCUCCAACAGCGCGCCACCGAGAAAAUCACCUUCCCGGACAUGUGGACCAACACCUGCUGCUCCCAUCCUCUUGGAAUUCCUGGAGAGACUGGUGCUGAGCUUGAUGCUGCCGUGUUGGGUGUGAAGCGCGCUGCUCAGCGGAAGCUCGGCCACGAGUUGGGUAUUAAGGCCGAGCAAGUGCCAUUGGAGAAGUUUGAGUUUUUCACCCGGAUUCACUACAAGGCCCCCAGUGAUGGCAAGUGGGGAGAGCAUGAAGUCGACUAUAUUCUCUUUAUUCAAGCGGACGUUGACCUGGAGCCAAGUCCGAAUGAGGUGCGGGACACUCGCUACGUCUCCGCCGACGAGUUAAAGGAGAUGUUCAAGCAGACCGACCUGAAGUUCACUCCGUGGUUCAAGUUGAUUUGCAACUCCAUGUUGUUUGAGUGGUGGAGCCACCUCGGCACCUCAGCCCUUGACAAGUACAAGGGUGAGAAGGAGAUCCGCCGGAUGUGA